CUGACGUCACAGAGGCGGCCCCUUACAUAAGGAGCACAACAGCGGGCGGGGCGCGCAGAAGGUUCUGGCAGUUGGAGCGGAUAGCGGGGUUGUUGCUGUUGGUGCGCGUAACGGUCGUCGCCGCUGGGGUUAUUGUUUUGCCAUGGCCCGUGGGAACCAGCGUGAACUCGCCCGCCAAAAGAACAUGAAGAAAAACCAAGAACUAAAUAAAGGAAAAAGAAAAGAGGAUACUCUGUCGGCUUCUCAAAGGAAACAGAGAGACUCCGAAAUUAUGCAGCAAAAGCAGAAAGCAGCUAAUGAGAAGAAAACUCUUCAGACAGGAACAAAAUAAUCUGUGGUUGCAUGAAGGACCUAAUAAUGCUGCAGUGCAUCUCAGAAUAAUAGGGCCUAAGCAAAGACAUAUUUGUAAAAGUGGCCAGCCAUUAAAUGGUUAAUGUUUAUCUUCUACAA